CGCGCCUUUAAGCGGGCGGAAGAGCCCUCGCGCGAGCCCAGGUCGGCGGGCGGAAGCGGCUCGCGCUCCAGGCACCGCCAUGCCUGGGGACCACCGCCGUAUCCGAGGGCCCGAGGAGUCGCAGCCGCCGCAGCUGUACGCGGCCGAUGACGAGGAGGCGCCAGCAGCCCGCGACCCGACGCGGCUGCGGCCCGUGUAUGCGCGCGCCGGGCUGCUGAGCCAGGCCAAGGGCUCGGCCUAUCUGGAGGCGGGAGGCACCAAGGUGCUGUGCGCCGUGUCCGGCCCGCGCCAGGCCGAGGGUGGCGACCGCGGCGGCGGCCCGGCCGGGGCGGGCGGCGAGGCCCCGGCCGCGUUGCGCGGCCGCCUGCUUUGCGACUUCCGCCGCGCGCCCUUCGCCGGUCGCCGGCGCCGCGCGCCCCCGGGCGGCGGGGAGGAGCGAGAGCUGGCGCUGGCCCUGCAGGAGGCGCUGGAGCCGGCCGUGCGCCUGGGCCGCUACCCGCGCGCGCAGCUCGAGGUGUCAGCGCUGCUGCUGGAGGACGGUGGCUCGGCGCUGGCCGCCGCGCUCACGGCCGCCGCGCUCGCCCUGGCCGACGCGGGGGUCGAGAUGUACGACCUGGUGGUGGGCUGCGGCCUGAGCCGCACGCCGGAGCCGGCGCCCACCUGGCUACUGGACCCCACGCGACUGGAGGAGGAGCACGCCGCCGCCGGCCUCACCGUGGCGCUCAUGCCCGUGCUCAACCAGGUGGCCGGGCUGCUGGGCAGCGGGGAGGGCGGCCCGACCGAGAGCUGGGCCGAGGCAGUGCGUCUGGGCCUCGAGGGCUGCCAGCGGCUCUAUCCCGUACUGCAGCAGUGCUUGGUGCGGGCUGCCCGGCGGAGGAGCGCCGCCGCGCCGUCCUGAACCAGAAGCCGGAGCCACGACAGACGCCAAGGACCUAGCUGCCGCCAUCCCCUAAAGGACCUGUGCCGACAGCUUCCAGACUGCGCCGAGCUGAGAUCUCCGAGGCCAGAAAGGAUCUGAGGAGGCGUGCACAGAACUGAUGGCACUGGACAGCUGUGUUGCAACGAUUUCAUUAAACGUUUCUACUUGAGCCGGUGCUUCCCAGCUCCGACCAAUUAGAGGAAACUUGGGAAUGCGCCCUGACUCGCACGUUGAAAAAGACUUCAGCUGGACUGGCCUGGAAAACGGGGCUUGAAGCUCUUGUCUUGUCAGGGAUGGACCCUAUGCAGGCCAGCUAGUGACUCCCUUUUAUAGAAUUGGCCUGCUCUUGAGAGAGUGGACAGAGGGCUGUGCCUUGUCAUUUAUAUCUGAGCUAAAACAAAUUCCUUUAUAUCUGAAAAA